AUGUCUGUAGUAAAGUCCCUCGACUUAGUGCUGCCCAAGGAUACGGUCUAUCUGGCCGGCUCCAACGUGGACGGACAGGUGGUGCUGACACUGAACAGCACCCUGGUGGACCCCAUCGUGAGGGUGGAGCUCGUGGGAAGGGGUUAUGUGGAGUGGAACGAGGAGAUCGGGCCGCAAAAAGACUACAGCCGAGACAUCCUGUGUAAUAACGAGGCUGAAUACGUGCGCAAGACAAAGACCUUCCAGAUAAAGGAUAAUUGGUUAAGUGCAGGCAGCCACACCUUUGACUUCCAUUUCAACUUACCUCCCAGGCUUCCUUCCACCUUCACCAGCAAAAUUGGUCAUGUGUCAUACUUCCUGCAGGCAGCCUGCCUGGUCCAGGACCACAUCCUGGCCAAGAAGAGAGAGACUCUUCUGGUCCAAGGCGUCUCUGAAUUCCGCAGGCGAAACCUCGAGAAGAAUCCGCUAUUGGUGGAGGCAGAGAAGAAGGUGUCCUACAGCUGCUGCCGCCAGGGCUGGGUGAUGAUGCAGGUACAAAUGGACAAGGACACUUUCAUGCCAGGGGAGAAGGUGGUCUUCACCACAGCAAUCCAGAACCGAACGAACAAGUUCAUCAAGACGGUGGUCUUCGCGCUCUAUGCCCACGUGCAGUACCAGGGCUUCACGCCCACGGCAGAGCGUCGCCUGCACAGUGACAGCAGUGAGCUGCUGCGGCAGGUGACCAACGCGCAGAUCAGGUCCUUUGCCAACACCACGGUGGUCAGCACUUUCAACCUGCCCCUUGUGUUGUCCGUCACCACGGGCUUACAGGACGAGAUCAUGAGCACAAGCUAUGAGCUGGUCAUAACUCUCCACCUGCCCUACUCACUGACCACUGUCAAAGCCCACGUUCCCAUCAAUAUCACCAGUGCCCAGGAGGAACAGGCCAGCCCCAACCCACGCGAGGAGAACGCGCUUCCCAAGAGCCAGGGCCACUCCCAGUGA